AUGUUGGCUAAUUAUUUUCGGUCGUACCUGAUUGAGGGCAGGCAGGAAGACGCAGAAGAGUUCCUCGGAUUCCUACUGAACGGCCUCAACAACGAGAUGUUCGAAUUGAUGAAACCAGUUUUGGAUUCAGCGAAUACUUGCAGUGUUUUAAAAAGUACAGUAUUCGAAAAGACGCUAAUACGCGCUAUUUUUGGCGGCCAGUUGAGAUCGAGAAUCAUGCGAGCUGGAGUUGUUUCCACGGAGAAUAUUCAACCUAACCUUACUCUGCAACUGAAUGUCUACAAAGUGAAGACGAUCCAAGAGGCUCUGGAGACACUUGUGAUUAAGGAGCAGCUGGAAGGUUUGACUUCUCCUAACACAAAUGAAGUGGUACAGGCGUGGCAGCAAUUGAUGUUGGAUGUGCAGCCAGUUAUCCUCAUUCUGCAUCUGAAAUUCUUCGAUUUCAAACCAGACGGUUGUAGGAAAAUCAUCAAGGCGUUGGAAUUCCCUGUCGACCUAAAUACCGAAUCGAGGUUGAUGUUAUCUUCGAAGUCACAAACGCCCGAAGGAAAAAAGUAUAUGUUGUUUGCCGUGGUAUACCACGUCGGCGAUAAGGCAACUAGGGGCAACUUUUACCGAUGCCUUCCAAAUGGAAAAUAA